AUGGACGGUAACCCACUACUGUCUCUAUCGCCCGUGGCCGGGGCUGCAAGCACAUUCUCGCUGCUGCCGACGGACUUGCGCCGCCUAUUGGCGCGGCCGGACCGCUCCAUUCCUCCUCCGCGUUCCAUAUCCUCCUCCUCUUCUGCUUCCUCGCCUGGUACCAUUGCCAGCGCAGUGGCAGCCUCGGACUUUGAAGAGAGCGAAAGUCUUGACUUUCAAGCCCAACUGGAGCGACUAGGAGGCAUUUUUGGACUCGCGAGGUCGCUGCAUGUUGAUCUGGAACAAGGUCUGGAUACCAGCGACCGUAACAGAGAUUUAGCUCGUCGUGCUGAAUGGUUUGGCGUUAAUUACGUGGCGCCGCCCCCAGCGCGUGGUCUGCUUCGGCUCAUGGCCGAGGCAGCAUUUAUGGAUACCAUUAACCUCAUCCUGGUAGUGGACGGUAUUGUGGCUAUUGCUCUCGGUAUGGCCAGGGAACCCCAGUACGGACUGGAUGGAAGGGCACGUGCGUGCUGGUCGCCGUGUUGGCCAUCACUGCAGUGGGAGAUUUCCAGAAGGAGCGACAGUUCCGGGCCUUGA